AGCCCAGACCGCCAGGGUCUCACGGCCGCUUCGGAAGCGCGCGGGCCGACCUCCGCGUUCCGCGCCGGUGCUCCCGGGUCCCCGCCCGCGUCUGCGGAUCUUUGCCUCUUGGGCUGCUGGUGGGCGGGCUGGCUCGGCGCUUCGGGGCUCUGGGCAGGGUGGGGCGCAAGCGCGCGAGGAGAUGAGGAGCGGCCUUGAGUGAAGAUUGAUCUUCGUUAAAAUGGUUGCCACCGGCGUCAUUAUGACUAUCAAAGUUAUCGCUAAGAGGCUCAGCCGCCGAGCUCAGGCCGCAAGGAGCCGCAGUCAGGCCGGUCGGCGACUCUCUGCGCCCGGACUCAGCGUUGGGACUACCCAGGGCCACAGGCCAAACCCCCGGGCGAGCAGAACCGGCUCGGAGCGGGCGAAGGACCGGAGCCUUCUUCCUCACUUCUUGUCUCUUCUCGCCUCCUACCUGGAUCUAUUUGUCUGCUCUGAAGCCGUCUUCAUUACCCACUGACAGGAGCUUGUAUUUAUUUGCUUAUAAACCUGUUACAAUAAAUGAUUAUUCGAACGGCGUCAUUCGUACCUUAAUGACGAGCGGGCGCUACUUUUUGAUGAAUGACAUCUCGGGCUCGGAAGGAUGUAUGGGUCAUUUUGACCAGUCAUUCCCUCGCUCUGGCAUCCCACAAUUUUUCCGCCUCCCUCCAAAAGAGAUAAUAAUAUUUAGAGGCGCUCGCUGGGACUGAAUGAGAAUUAGCCCCAGGCGCAGCCCAUCGUUAGGACGGGACAGCCGGGCCACUGUGACAUUUUUUAGAAAGCUGAGAUGAUGGAGAGAAUAAGAAAGGAGAUGAUUCUGAUGGAGAGAGGGCUGCACAGCCCCACGGCCGGCAAGAGGUUCUCCAAUUUGUCCGACACUCCUGGCAAUGCUGUGCUCGAGGCCCUGGAAAAUUCGCAGCACCCGGCUCGGCUCAGCCCGCGCCUGCCGUCCGCCCCCCUGCAUGGCGCUCUGGGAGACCUCCCCACCAAGGGCAAAUUCGAAAUAGAUACUUUGUUCAACCUGCAGCACCCGGGCAGCGAAAGCACCGUCUCCGCCGAAAUCGCCUCCGCCACAGAGAGCCGCAAGAAGCCGGGUCAUUAUUCAGAGACGGCCGCCGAGGCCGACAUGAGCAGCGACGUGGAGGUGGGCUGCUCCGCGCUGCGCUCCCCCGGCGGCCUGGGCGCCACACCGCUUAAGGAAAACAAUGGCAAAGGGUUCUCCGAGAGCGGCUCGGCUGCCGGCACCACGACGUCGGCGUCGGGCUCGGGCCUGGGCAGCCUGCAUGGAGGCGGCGGCGGCGGCGGAGGCAGUGGCGCGGGCACGGCGCUCGGGGGCUCCGGCUCUGGCGCGGAUCAGGUGCGGCGCUACCGGACGGCGUUCACUCGCGAACAGAUCGCGCGCCUGGAGAAAGAGUUCUACCGGGAGAACUACGUGUCGCGGCCGCGCCGGUGCGAGUUGGCCGCUGCGCUCAACCUGCCCGAAACCACCAUCAAGGUGUGGUUCCAGAAUCGGCGCAUGAAGGACAAGCGGCAGCGCCUGGCCAUGUCGUGGCCGCACCCAGCCGACCCCAGCUUCUACACCUACAUGAUGACGCACGCGGCCGCCACCGGAAGCCUGCCCUACCCCUUCCACUCUCACGUGCCGCUGCACUACUACCCGCACGUGGGCGUCACGGCCGCGGCCGCGGCCGCCGCAGCCUCCGGAGCCGCGGCCGCAGCUUCAUCACCCUUUGCCACCUCCAUCCGUCCGCUGGACACCUUCCGCGCCCUCUCGCACCCCUACUCCCGGCCGGAGCUGCUGUGCAGUUUCCGCCACCCGGGUCUCUACCAGACACCCGCAGCUGCCGCCGGGCUCAACAGCGCGGCCUCGGCCGCGGCCGCGGCGGCAGCGGCAGCGGCCGCGGCCUCUUCAGCGGCAGCCGCCGGGGCGCCCCCCAGCGGCGGCUCCGCGCCCUGCUCGUGCCUCAGUUGCCACAGCAGUCAGUCGGCUGCCGCCGCCGCCGCGGCCGCCGCCGCGGCCCUGGGCUCCCGAGGUGGCGGCGGCGGCGGCGGAGGAGGUGGCGGCGGCGGCACAGGGGCUGCGGGGGCCUCGGACUUCGGUUGCAGCGCCGCGGCGCCGCGCUCCGAGAGCGGCUUCCUGCCCUACUCGGCCGCCGUGCUUAGCAAGACGGCUGUGAGCCCGCCGGACCAGAGGGAUGAGGCGCCGCUCACCAGAUAACUACGUCGCAACCGCCAGGGGGCCGCGCCUGGCGCUCUGCGUGUGCCCGGGCGUCCCCCGGGGCGCCCCCUGUGCCCUCCGUGCGCUGCCCGCUGCUACCGCUGCCGCCAGGGGGCGCCCCGGGGCGCGGGAGGCCGAAAGGAACUUGCCCCGAACUGGGGGGAAGGAGCCGGCACGGAAGCCUGGCGGGCGUCCCCCCGAAUUAUUUCUAUUUUUGUAUUUGCCGCCCAGCUAUCUCCCCUCCUCUCCGUCCUCUAAAGUUUGUUUCCCGCCGCCCAGACCCCACUCCCCCCAACCCCAACUCUGUCCUGAGCUCUUGGUCUCCCCGAAGACAAUCCUCCCGAACCCCCCAAAGCAGUCCUCCCAGGUUUGGAGCCUUGGCUGUGCGCCGUGGGGCCCAGGGUACUCGGCUGAAGCGCGCCGCCACAGCAGUGGAGAACCGCGACAAAGGAGAAACGAAAAAGGGCGUGCGCGCUGCUGGGCCGGGGAGUCUGCCCCGGGGUUUCCGCUGCGGCCCCCUUUCUCCCACCCGCCCUUUCUUUCCUUUAAAUGGGGUGCAAGGAGGCGGCACGGUGUCUCUCAGCCUCGGCUUGUUGGGGGCCCUGUCGCAGGGGAGCGGGACAGAGGUCUGAGGAGAGGGCCGGCAGGGCGGGCGGAGAGCGCGAGCGGCCUCGGCGUGUGCGUGAGGUGGUUCACCGCGGGCGCGAGCGAGGCCGGCGGGCUGUGGCUGCCUUCCCGGGGAGGGACAGAGCCGAGGUGGACGGGGUGGCGAUCGUGCCGCCGCCUCCUCGCGCCACCGCGGGGGUCUUUUUGGUCUUCGGUGUCCGUGUUAAUGGAGAGGAAGCGUCUUGCAUAUUUUAUGCAAAAAGUGAGAGCUAAUGAGGUUGCCUCAGCUAGGUCAGGGAAGGAGAGGCCGGCAAGGAGAAGGAAAAAGAAAAAAAGGAGAAGGAAGGGAAGGCGCGGGCAAGAUUGACGGAUCGCCGCCGAGUGGAGAGGGACUCUGUCGGCACCGUUCCCCAACGGCCGGGUUCCCUGCGAUCCGGGAAAUACUUGAAUCUCCAGAUAUGUGAUAUUACCC